AUGGAGCCCGAGAGCUGCCUGCCUUAUGGCGCGGGUCCCGGUGCUUACCCAGCGGCGGCCGACAAGCCCCCGGGACCUCCGCCUCACCUGCACCCAGCUCCGCUCCCCGGGCCCCGGAUUGCUCGCUACGCGACGGCCUGCGGAACCCUGGAGCCCUAUUCCCCGGAGGCGGCCAAGCCCCCCAAGUACCUGCAGGAGCCCGGGCCUGGGCCGACCCUCAACGGCAGGCGCUUUUACGAAGCCCCUGCGGAAGCAGAAGACAAGGUCUCCAAAGUCACCAGCUUCCACCCACUGCCUCUAGACUGUCCAGGAGGCCCCUUGGAGGGACCCCCAGAGCUGAGAGGCUCACCAGUACCCUGUCUGGCCAGGCUCCGGGGACCUCUGAGCCCCCAGCUCACUGACUCAAUGGAACUGCCCAAGAGCAAAAACAAGAAACGGAGGAACCGAACCACGUUCAGCACCUUCCAACUGGAAGAGCUGGAGAAGGUUUUCCAGAAGACCCAUUACCCUGACGUGUAUGCAAGAGAGCAGCUGGCUCUCCGGACCGACCUGACUGAGGCCAGGGUACAGGUCUGGUUCCAGAACCGAAGAGCUAAAUGGAGAAAACGGGAGAGAUACGGGAAGAUCCAGGAAGUGAGGAACCCCUUCACAGCCACUUAUGACAUUUCAGUUCUGCCCAGGACAGACAGCUACCCCCAGCUGCAGAGCAACCUGUGGCCCAGUCCCGGGUCGGGGAGCCCAGGAGGCCCCUGUCUGAUGUCCCCAGAUGGGAUUCCAUCCCCAUGCACAUCACCCUACUCCCAUUCCCACAGUAAUGUGGCUGGUUUUAUGGGUGUGCCAGCCUCCCCGGGACCUCCCCCGGGCAUCUAUUCCAUCCAUGGAUUCUCCCCAGCUCUGGGGGGCCACAGUUUUGAGACAGCACCUGAAGGUGACUACAAGUCUCCCAGCCUGGUUUCCCUGAGGAUGAAGCCCAAAGAGCCGCCUACCCUCCUCAACUGGACCACGUGA